ACCAACAACACAAAACUUGUACUCACAACUAAAAGAAGAACUCAAACGCAAGACAGAAAGAUCAAUGGCGAGCAACGGAGUUACCAACUGUAACGCAAACGCCAAUGUUUGGCGGUUCAAAGGAAACGGUGCAACGAGUGAUGCGGCGGCGGUGACGUUGAGAAAGCUUGCUUUUGGGAUGUUUAAAAACUGCACCAUGAACAGUGGAAAGACCAUUUUGUUCCCAACUCCCGGCGAGCCCUCCGCCCAUUCCAACUUCAGGACUUGCCCGGAAGCCGAGGAAGCCGUUGCCGCAGCUGCACGCUCCGGCAUGGCUAACUCUUACGCACCCAGCCCUGGAGUUUUCAAGGCUAGAAGGGCGGUGGCUGAAUAUUUAAACGGAGAACUUCCGACGAAGCUGAAGGCCGAGGAUGUGUAUAUCACCGGAGGAUGUAACCAAGCCAUAGAGAUCGUGAUAGAUUCUCUUGCCGGAAAUCCAUCCGCCAACAUUCUACUUCCAAGGCCGGGAUAUCCUCACUACGAUGCUCGUGCUGUCUAUAGCGGCCUCGAGAUUCGCAAAUACGAUCUUCUCCCCGAGAGUGAUUGGGAAAUCAAUCUCGAUGGCCUCGAGGCGGCUGCGGAUGAGAAUACCGUCGCAAUGGUAAUCAUCAACCCCAACAAUCCAUGUGGAAACGUCUACACCUACGACCAUCUCAACAAGGUCGCGGAGAUGGCUAGAAAACUCGGUAUAAUGAUAAUAUCCGACGAAGUAUAUGAUCAUGUUGUAUAUGGAGACAAGCCUUUUAUUCCCAUGGGGAAGUUUGCAUCAAUAGCUCCGGUGAUCACGCUCGGAUCCAUAUCCAAAGGAUGGGUCAACCCAGGCUGGAGAGUUGGCUGGAUCGCCAUGAACGAUCCUAAUGGUAUCUUUGUAUCUACAGGGGUAGUUCAAGCAAUAGAGGAUUUUCUUGAUUUAACUCCACAGCCUUCAUUUAUUCUCCAGGAAGCACUUCCUGAUAUAUUGGAGAAAACACCUAAAGAGUUCUUCGAGAAGAAGAUCAAAGCCAUGAGACGCAACGUCGAGCUUUCAUGUGAGAGGCUCAAGGAUAUUCCUUGUCUCUUUUGUCCCAAGAAACCCGAAUCUUGUUCUUAUUUAUGGUUGAAGCUUGACACAUCAAUGUUGAAUAAUAUCAAAAAUGAUUUUGAUUUCUGCACGAAGCUAGUUAGUGAGGAGAGUCUUAUCCUUAUACCAGGAGUGGCUCUAGGGGCAGAGAAUUGGGUGAGGAUAUCGAUAGGAACCGACGAAUCAGUGGUACAAGAAAUAUUUGACAGACUAAAAGGUUUCUAUGAUCGUCAUGCCAUCUCCAAGGAAGCUAUCAAACUCAGUGGCCAUGCCAUUAACCAGAUCGUCGUCUCUGUCAACUGAUUGUAGUAGUCCUAUGCCACAAGUCCACAUUAUAAUUUGUGCGUAAUUCCUUAAUUAUCAGGAACACAAUCAAGAAAAAUAGCAUUGGAUAAUGAAAUAAAGAUGUGUGAAAAAUAAAAGGAUAUUUGUUUUCAUUAUUAUACUCAUUUUCAACAUAGUUUUUGAUACAUUGUCUAUAUAAAAUUGAACAAGUGAACAAAAAGAAAGUUCAAUUAAGAGUGUUCUUCAAAAGCUCUCUAAUUCUGUCUAAAAUUCCUUCAAGUAUUUUCUAAAUGUUCUUCCAUAGUUUUUUCAUAUUUAAGAGGGUUUCUCAUCUUGAUUUAUAUCGGGUUUCUCAUAUAUUACGGUGUUGGACUAGUAAAGAAAUCUUAACACUAGCUCAUUACCGUAAUACCCGAGAAACUCUCUUAAAUCUGAAGAAAAAUAUGGAAGAACACUUAAAAAAUACUUUAAAAGUUUUUAGAGAGAAUUAGAGAACUUAUGAAGAAUACUCUUUUAUUUGAACUUUCUUUCUAUUCUCUUGUUGAACUUAAUUACAAAUGAUGGGGUGAGCUUACAAAAGUUUCUAGAUUAUUCUACCAUCAUCUCGAUAACUCUACUAAUAUAUCUACAUUUUUUUAUCUUACAAACUCCUACUUUAAGGAGGUGAUGAUUUUUAUGAUGCUUAUAGAAAAAUCUAGAACUUAGGCUUAACUUUGGGUUUAGUCCAAUAUAGAAUAUUGGAUUAUAAACCCAUGAUUUAGCUUAACCCAAAAUCAAGUUUAAUUUCAAUACGUUUGAACUCGUACCUAUCAACGGGAGGUUUGGCUUGGCUGCAUAACCGCAUUGAGGAGGAGUGACGCUCGUUGUGUCUCUGUUUUUUUGAGUGAUUACGCUCUGUUUUUGGCUGUAUUGCCUGAUUUGUUAUCUUUCUUCAUUGAUUUUUCGGCCGUUAAAAAAAAACCUCUAACAUGCGAGUCUUGUAAGUAAAUCUUAACUUUAAGCUAUAUAUGCAUU